UUUGUCUCUUCUUUUCGCCAUUCGUGCGCUGUAGUGUACGGUUCUGUGCGUCGUGUGUGAUUUAAAUGAAAUUUUGUAACAAACAUAGAAAAGAAAAUCUUUUUCCAAAGUUAUAAAUUUGCUCAAGUUUUGUUCGAUUGUGGUUAUAUCAAAUAAAAAACGUGUGUAAAGGUUGUCACUUAAAUCGGUGGUUUGCAAAAAACUACAUUGCUAUUUACUACGAAGCAAGUUUUGCAAAGUGUCUAGUAAAUAAAAAGAAGCUUGUGAACGAAAUCGAGUCAUGGCCGCCGACCAGGUACAAUUUCAGCAGCUCCUAAAUUCGCUGUUAUCUACGGACAACGAUGUGCGACAGCAAGCCGAGGAUGCGUACAAUAAUUUGCCACGCGAUGUUAAGGUAACGCAUCUAUUGGGCACGAUCCACAAUGGCCAACAAUCGGAGGAAGCACGUCAGAUGGCUGCAGUACUUUUGCGUCGCCUCUUCUCAUCUGAAUUCUCUGAAUUUUAUAAGGAGUUGCCGCAAGAGUCGCAGGCCCAGUUAUUGCAACAAAUAUUACUGGCCGUGCAACAGGAAGUUACUCCGAAUUUACGGCGCAAAAUCUGUGAAGUGAUUGCUGAGGUUGCACGCAGUCUCACCGAUGAAGAGGGCAACAAUCAAUGGACGGAUAUUUUGCAAUUUCUAUUCCAAUGCGCCAACUCACCAUCGGCACAAUUGCAAGAGUCUGCAUUGCGCAUUUUUGCCAGCGUUCCAUCCAUUUUUGGCAACCAAGAAGCUCAAUAUCUCGAUUUGAUCAAGCAAAUGUUGGCCAAAAGUUUGGAGCCUACAGCUGAUGUGGAGGUACGUUUCCAAGCUGUACGUGCUAUUGGCGCAUUUAUACUGCAUCACGACAAAGAUGAGGAGACCAAUGUGUUCAAGCAUUUCUCCGAUUUGUUGCCACGUAUGAUCAUGAUCACUGCUGAAAGCAUCGAAGCGCAAGAUGAUCAGAGCUUAUUGAAAUUACUCAUCGAUAUGACCGAAACAUGCCCGAAAUACUUGCGUCCACAAUUGGAACAUAUCUUUGAGAUGUGCAUGAAAGUAUUUGGCACAACAGAUGUAGAGGACAGUUGGCGUCACCUGGUUUUGGAAGUAAUGGUUUCGCUAUCAGAGAAUGCACCAGCAAUGGUACGCAAACGUGCCGAAAAAUACAUAAUAGCGUUGAUACCGUUGGUAUUGCAAAUGAUGACCGAUUUGGAGGACGACGAGGAAUGGGCUACCUCUGAUGUGGUAACUGAUGACGACAAUAGUGAUAACAAUGUCAUUGCCGAGUCAUCGUUGGAUCGUUUGGCCUGUGGGUUGGGUGGCAAAAUGGUGUUGCCACACGUCAUGAACGCAUUACCAAAUAUGUUAGGUCACAGCGACUGGAAGCAGCGUUACGCUGCACUUAUGGCCAUUUCGGCCAUUGGUGAAGGUUGUCACAAGCAAAUGGAGACGAUGCUCGAUCAGAUAAUGGCAGGUGUAUUGAAUUUUUUGCGUGAUCCCCAUCCACGUGUGCGUUACGCCGCUUGCAAUGCUAUUGGCCAAAUGUCCACAGAUUUCGCACCAACUUUCGAAAAGAAAUUCCAUGAACAGGUGGUCCCAGGAUUGCUAUCAUUGCUGGACGACGUGCAGAAUCCUCGUGUGCAGGCGCACGCUGGAGCUGCUUUGGUUAACUUCUCUGAAGAUUGUCCCAAACACAUUUUGACUCGUUACUUGAAUGGCAUAAUGUCUAAGCUAGAGACCAUUUUGAAUUCCAAGUUCAAAGAGCUCGUAGAGAAGGGCAACAAAUUGGUAUUGGAACAAGUGGUCACUACAAUUGCUUCAGUGGCCGAUACAUGUGAAAAAGAAUUCGUCACAUACUACGACCGUCUCAUGCCAUGCUUGAAAUUUAUCAUACAGAAUGCCAAGUCCGAGGACUUGCGUAUGUUGCGUGGCAAAACUAUUGAAUGUGUCAGUUUGAUUGGGUUGGCUGUUGGUCGUGAGAAAUUCAUUUCCGAUGCUGGCGAAGUCAUGGACAUGUUGUUGAAGACACACACCGAAGGCGAUUUACCUGACGAUGAUCCGCAAACAUCUUACUUGAUUACGGCUUGGGCGCGUAUGUGUAAGAUUUUGGGUAAACAAUUCGAGCAGUACCUACCACUGGUGAUGGGACCGGUAAUGCAUACGGCAGCUAUGAAACCAGAGGUAGCACUACUGGACAAUGACGAAGUAGAAGACAUUGAAGAUGACGUCGAUUGGUCCUUUAUCAAUUUGGGUGAACAGCAAAACUUUGCCAUCCGCACCGCUGGCAUGGAAGAUAAGGCAUCUGCCUGUGAGAUGUUGGUUUGCUAUGCGCGGGAAUUGAAGGAUGGUUUCGCCGACUAUGCCGAAGAGGUCGUACGUCUAAUGGUGCCGAUGUUGAAAUUCUACUUCCACGAUGGCGUGCGUACGGCUGCCGCAGAAUCGUUGCCGUACUUGUUGGAUUGUGCUAAGAUCAAGGGUCCACAGUAUUUGGAGGGUAUGUGGUUGUAUAUUUGCCCAGAAUUACUGAAGGUCCUCGGCACCGAACCGGAAGCGGAUGUACAAUCAGAAUUACUUAAUUCAUUGGCUAAAUGCAUAGAGACUUUGGGUCCGAAUUGCUUGAAUGAAGAAGCAAUGACCCAAGUAUUGGAUAUCAUUUCAAAAUACAUGGGCCAACACUUUGAGCGCGCUGACAAGCGUUUACAAGCACGCAACGAGGAGGACUACGAUGAUGGCGUAGAAGAGGAGUUGGCCGAACAGGAUGAUACGGAUACAUAUAUUCUUUCGAAGGUGGUGGACAUUUCGCAUGCACUUUUCCUCACCAAUAAAUCUCAAUUUUUACCCUAUUUCGAGCGCAUUGCACCACACUUUAUAAAGUUGCUUGAACCCAACCGUUCAUGGUCGGACAGACAGUGGGGCGUGUGUGCAUUUGACGAUGUUAUCGAGUUUUGUGGUCCAGCCUGCGCUGCUUAUCAGCAGAUCUUCACACCACCAUUGUUGCAAUACGUUACCGACAAAUCACCCGAAGUACGUCAAGCCGCCGCCUACGGUUGCGGUGUAUUGGGACAGUUUGGUGGCGAACACUUUGCCGUCACAUGUGCUCAAAUCAUUCCGCUGCUAGUGCAAGUUAUAUCCGAUCCGAAGAGUCGCGACCCCGAGAAUGUCAACCCCACAGAAAAUGCUAUUGCAGCCGUUUCGAAGAUCUUGAAAUAUAACAGCAGCGCCAUACAAAAUGUAGAUGAGAUCAUCAAUGUUUGGUUCUCCUGGCUGCCCGUCACUGAGGAUGCUGAUGAGGCACCGCAUAUUUACGGAUACAUGUGUGAUCUCAUUCAGGCCAAUCACCCCAUCAUAUUAGGCAAUAACAACAGCAAUUUACCACGCAUUGUCUCAAUCAUAGCACAGGCGUUCGUCACGAAAGUUGUGGCACCGCUAAAGGAUGUGGGCACCCGGAUGUUGGGAAUUGUGAAGCAAGUGGAAGCCAACCCAGAAGUUUUUCAGGCGUGUGCAAGUAUAUUGACACCUGAACAACAGUAUGCGCUGCAAGACGCUUAUCGGGAGCUGGCUGCUGGUGCGGUGCCAGCAACUGCCUAAAAUACAUCAAGAAGAUCAAAUCAAAAUAUAGCUGUUGCCGCUACUGCUGCGCUGCACCUUCUCAACACUAAUACACAGUUAUAUAUGUUUAAAUAAAAUUGAAAAGAAAAAAUAUUAUGAGUAUAAAAAACGCGGGUGAUAUUGUGAUGAAUCUACCCACAGUAUAUAGCAUAUAUAAACAUAGAACCACAGCCCACAUACAGCAACAAAAUUUCAAACAGACAAAACACAACCUGUGCGCUACUUAAGAGAGAUAUGCUGCUUGACUAUAACAACAAAAACCACAUAAAGCUAGAGAAGCGGCAAAUUUUGCAUUCUAUGAAGCGUUAAAAUUCUAUCAAUUCACUAAUUGCAAAAAAUUAAAUAAAUGCUACAUUAUUAUAUAUAUAUGUACGUGUACUACGGAAAUAUUAUAUAAAUAAAUAUAUAUAGAGAUAUAUAUGCAUGCAUAUAUAUAAAUAUAUACGUAUAUUGAA